GUGCGGCGGCGGCGGCGGCAGGAGGCGGAGGCGGGCACGGAGGAGGCGGCGGAUGGGGGGGAUGCGGCGGCUCCUCCACGGAACACGCUGCCUGGUCUCGCCCCUGCCCGCGCUGGGCUGAGGCAGCCCCGCGCCGGGAAGUCCCGGCAGCGGCGGCAGCACCUGGUGCCGGCGGGCGCCGGGCCGCAUGAACAAUAGGCGGCGGUCCCGGCCCCGCCGCCCCCCGCAGCGCCCGGCUGCCGCGGGCGCCUCCCCCUAUGGAGCAGCCUCGCCAUGGAGCCCCUCACCGAGCUCAGCCAGGAGGGCGCUGGCGGCGGGGAGCCGCCGGGCGACGGACCGCUCUGGACCGCUGUCUUCGAAUACGAGGCGUGCGGCGAGGACGAGCUGAGCCUGCGGCCAGGGGAUGUGGUGCAGGUGCUGUCCCGGGACUCGCACGUGUCCGGCGACGAGGGCUGGUGGACGGGCAAGAUCGACCAGCGCGUCGGCAUCUUCCCCAGCAACUACGUGAGCAGCGGCGUGCAGGGGGGCGGCCCGGAGCUGCGCGCCCGAUACCCGCCGCCCCCCGCCAUACAGCUCCUAGAGAUCGACUUCUCAGAGCUUGUUCUGGAAGAAAUCAUUGGCAUAGGGGGCUUCGGAAAAGUGUAUCGAGCUGUAUGGAUAGGAGAUGAGGUUGCUGUCAAGGCAGCUCGCUAUGACCCUGAUGAGGACAUCAGCCAGACCAUUGAGAAUGUCCGCCAAGAGGCCAAGCUCUUUGCAAUGUUAAAACAUCCCAACAUCAUUGCCCUCAGGGGCGUGUGUUUGAAGGAACCCAAUCUUUGCCUGAUCAUGGAGUUUGCCCGCGGAGGAUCGCUCAAUAGGGUGUUGUCUGGUAAAAGGAUACCUCCUGACAUACUGGUGAACUGGGCAGUGCAGAUUGCCAGGGGAAUGAACUACCUGCACGAGGAAGCAAUUGUUCCCAUAAUUCACCGUGACCUCAAGUCCAGCAACAUACUGAUACUCGAAAAGGUGGAAAAUGGAGAUCUGAGCAACAAGAUGUUGAAGAUCACGGAUUUCGGCUUGGCCAGGGAGUGGCAUAAAACUACCAAAAUGAGCGCAGCUGGGACAUAUGCCUGGAUGGCUCCUGAGGUCAUCCGCUCUUCCAUGUUCUCCAAAGGCAGCGAUGUUUGGAGUUAUGGUGUGCUGCUUUGGGAGCUGCUGACAGGAGAAGUACCAUUCCGAGGAAUUGAUGGUCUUGCAGUAGCAUAUGGUGUUGCUAUGAAUAAGCUUGCCCUUCCAAUCCCUUCCACGUGUCCUGAGCCUUUUGCCAAACUCAUGGAAGAUUGCUGGAACCCUGACCCACACUCACGACCUUCCUUUGCCACUAUCCUGGACCAUCUUACUGCCAUAGAAGAGUCUGGUUUUUUUGAAAUGCCCAAAGAUUCCUUCCACUCCCUGCAGGAAGACUGGAAACAAGAGAUCCAAGAGAUGUUUGAUCAGCUUAGAGCCAAAGAAAAGGAGCUGCGCACAUGGGAAGAAGAGCUGACUCGUGCUGCUGUUGAACAGAAGAACCACGAGGAGCUGCUACGAAGACGGGAACAAGAGCUGGCAGAACGUGAGAUUGACAUCCUGGAAAGGGAGCUCAACAUCAUCAUCCACCAGCUGUGUCAGGAGAAGCCUCGGGUCAAGAAACGCAUGGGGAAGUUCAAGAGGAGCCGGCUCAAGUUAAAGGAUGGCAAUCAUAUCAGCUUGCCUUCAGAUUUUCAGCAUAAAUUCACUGUGCAGGCUUCUCCAACGAUGGACAAAAGGAAAAGCUUGAUCAGUAGCUGCUCCAGCCCUCCUGCAAGUCCUACCAUUAUUCCCAGACUCAGGGCCAUACAGUUGACACCUGCUGAAAGCAGUAAAACAUGGGGACGAAGCUCAGUCCUUCCAAAGGAGGAAGGAGAGGAAGAAGAGAAGAGAGGCCAGAAGAAAAAGGGACGCACUUGGGGACCAAGCUCACUUUGUCACAAGGAGCUAGGUGCAGGAGAAGAGGGUCUGAAAGCUCUGGUGGAAGGAUGCAAGCAGUGGUCAUCCAGUGCACCAAAUCUUGGGAAGAUCCAGAGAACUGCACCUGCUUUUCCAGGAUUCACCAGCUUGGCAGAGAUGGAUGAUGAGGACAGUGAAUGUUUUAAUGGAGAGGGCAAAGUGCACCCUUCACCUGUGCACAAUCAGUCAUACCUCUGCAUCCCAUUUCAGAAGAAUGAAGAAUGGGAUGGCCCUUCUAGUGAUGCCAAUGAGGAGUCCACCCCUGUAAACUCUGCUACCAGUACCCCGCAGCUGACACCCACCAACAGCCUCAAACGUAGUGGCUCCCACCACAAGCGAUGUGAGGUUGCAUUGCUUGGCUGUGGAGCAGUGCUGGCUGCUGCAGGCCUGGGUUUUGAUCUGUUAGAAGCAGGGAAGUGUCAGCUGCUGAUUGAGGAAGAGCCAGAAGUGCCCAAGGAAGAGAAGAAGAAGCGUGACAGCAUUUUUCAGCGAGCUGGACGUCCACGCAGGAGCACUAGUCCACCUUCCCGGAAGAUCUUCAGGAAGGAUGAUCCCCUGUUGUUGCUAGGCGAGCCAUCCACAUCCCUCACCCUUCUUUCCCUGUCUUCCAUUUCCGAAUGUAAUUCCACCCGGUCCCUGCUGCGCUCAGACAGUGAUGAGAUUGUGGUUUAUGAGAUGCCUGUCAGCCCAGUGACAGUCAAGGCUCCCUUGCCAGCCAUUACAAACCCACUGGUCAAUGUCCAGAUUGAGAGGUUCAAACAAGACCCCAACCAGUCCCUGACUCCCACACACGUGACAGUCUCUUCCCACACCCAGCAAAGCGGACACAGGCGCACACCUUCUGAUGGAGCCAUCAAAGGGGGUGGACUGGUUGUCAAUGGGUGCCCAACCAGUGGAUGCCCUUCCAGUAGCUGUUUAAGUGGAGCACUGGGAGCAGGUGUAUUAAAAACACCUAGUCCAAGCAGAGAUCCCAGCGAGGUCCCUCGCCUGCCAGACCCCAACCUUGUUUUUCCUCCAACCCCGAGACGAUGGAAUGCACAGCAGGAUCCCACACUGGAAAGACCCAAGACACUGGAGUUCCUACCCCGACCACGUCCUGCAGCCAGUCGGCAGCGGCUUGAUCCCUGGUGGUUUGUGUCACCCAGCAAUGCCAAGGGUGAAUCUUCUGCCAACAGUUCAAGUACUGAUACUCCCAGCAAUCUGGACUCUUGUUUUGCUAGUAGCAGCAGCACUGUAGAAGAGAGACCUGGAUUACCUGCACUGCUUCCUUUCCAGGUGGGUCCUCCUGCAGAGGAGCGGACACUGUUGGACAUGGAUGCUGAGGGGCAGAGCCAGGACAGCACCAUUCCGCUAUGCAGAAGUGAACUUAACACACACAAAGCUGCAGCAUAUGAACUCAAGCAAGAAUUCUGGUCUUAAUAUGAAACCACUGGGGGCAGUGAGCCCCUCUAAAUUCAAUCCUACUUUUUGCACUGAGAAUGCACUUUGAAAACAGAUGAGAUGGAGGGAUGCUACAGAGAUCAUAUGGUGCUGCCUCUGCUGAAGAUAUGUUGUCAGCUGCCUGAUUUUUGUCUGCAUUUGGGUGAAACUUGACAACUCUGAGCUGCUGACUUUUGCUGUGGGGUUUCCCUGUAGUCUUCCCUGCCCUCUUAUUGCAGUUUGAAUCUGCAAUGAGCUAAAAUUAUCAUAUCAAAGUCUUUUGUUACUGACCUUGUAGGAUUUGGCACUUGGCAGUAAGUAUAUUGGUAUCCUGGUAUUAAUCGGUAUUUUCAAAUAAUAGUCAAAUAUUACACUACAGCAGACAUCAGUGUUUGAUAUUUUCCCAAGGAAUCCAGAGCAGAAACAAAUAAAUAUCUGGAGACUACCUUCUCUGAAAUACAUUCAGAUCAUUAGACAGGCUUGGGAAUCAUCAUACCCCCACUGAAAUAGCAGAAGUAGCUAUCUUAAGACUUGUUUGUCCUCUUUUGCUCAUGUGAUAGUGUAAGGUGGAACAGAUGGCAGGGGAAGAGCAUGGCGUCUCCACUGGUGGAGGUCUUUGAGAGCAGGUGAACCAGACUGUUGGAAACAAGUAGGUGUAGUUGAUCCUGGCUUCAGGGUAGGUUGGAUGAACUUCAGUGAUCUCCUGAGGUCCCUCUCAGCCCUAUUUAUUUUAUGACCCUGUGCUUUCAAGAUGAAGGCUUAUAGUUUAGCUGUUUAGCUUGGGUUUGUUUUUUCCAGACUUUUGUUUCACCAGUCUCUUUUCUUCCCACCCUGUUUCUCAGGCUUACAGUCAAGUUGUCUCAGCUUUGGGAGGGGAGUUAGCAGAAACUUUCUUUAAAGGUGUGUUGGCUUGCAGAAGGAAGUAAGUUAUGUGUUUCCAAAUAUUUUUCUUUCUAUUUUUUUCUCCUUUCUUAUGCCUUUCAGGAGUGACCCAUGAAACCCAAGACUGUUCUUAUGCACACUGGUACUUGUUUAAGGCUGUUUUGAAAAUAAGGCUUGUUAGUAGUUGGAUUGUGCAAACAGGAAUCAGAGCAUCUGGAUUCUGUUUUAUUUUGUCACUGACUCACUGUGUGACCCUGGGCAAAUAAUGUAACCUCUGUGCCUGAAUUUCCCCAUCUGUAAAUAAUAGGAAUAAUACCUACCUCACAAGGGGAGGGAUUGGGACAUAUAUAAUAGGUAUAAAGUCCUUCGAGAUCUUUGAGUGAAAGGCACUAUAGAUAUAUAGAACUUUAUUCUUGUUCAAUUAUGUAAACCACUCCUAGAUCUGGAGCAAGAACAGAGCCCUGUCUGGAAGGAGGAAGUCACACAAAUAGGGUGUGCCUGUGCUCAGAGUUUUCUGUUACAAAGACUUCAAGUGUGUCUGUGCCACUGCAGAUAUGUCUUACUGGCUGUAAUGAGAGCUUCAGUGUUCCCCAAAUUUGGCAUUAUAUAUAAGGGAUGUGGCCUUUAUGUGAGUGUAAUAGGGUAGUCUGCUUUAUUGCAGGGUACAGCAUGUCUGUUCGCUGUUUUUGUACAGAUCUGUGCUUGUUUUGCUAAUCUGCUGAUAUUUGGUUGCAAAUAAGUCAUUUGACAGUGCUGCCAAUGCAGUGCUCAGCCUGUUGGGGCAGUCCAGUCCUCCUGUGAAGGCAGGACAGCUGAAUACUUCCUGCAACUGACAGCACAGUGAACUUGUGUGUUUAGAUGUUUGUAACCUGAUUUUAAAAACCAGCAUGUUUGAGGAAGAACUGUAUGUAAGGCUUUUUAGUUCUGUGUGAGGACUGAAACCAGCAUGUUCCCAUUAGUCAAGUGCACCUUUUUUUCAAGGAUUACAGUAUGUUUAGUUUUGAAAGGUCACAUAUUUCUUGUUUAUCACAUUCCAUGGAAAAUGCUUAAUGGCAGAAUUACUUUCUGCUGCCUCUUAAAUGCUCCAGAGUUAGCCUUAAUGGUGCUACACUAGAUGUUGAAGCUGGAGACACUGUUGACUGUUUAGACAAGGUAUUAUGAUAAGGCAAGAUGGGAUGGGAUUCAGAUACUUGAAGAAAACAUCUGUGACUAUUUUGUUAAAUUUAGACCUUUGACAUUAUUGAUUUCUUAAGCAUCCUUUUGCUUUCCAUUUCAAAAAACUCAGUUUGUGACCCAGACAGUAGCAAAAAGGCAAAACUCAUCCAACAGAUUGCUGAUUUUGAUUGGGCUAUAAAUCAACCUUAAUGUAAUCUCAGUAAGAGGCUGUGUCAGAGGGAUUUGAAUGAAGGACAUGAAAAUAAUUUAUUUUUCAUAGUCUUCCUUAUAAUUUUAAAAAGUCUGGAACAAAACUGGAUCAGCUGUUAGGAAAUUAUAUGUUUUCUAUCCAAAAGGUAUCAUUAUAAAUGUCAUAGGGAAUAUCAUCUGCUCUGCAAAGGCAUCACCUGGAAUAGCUCAAUUUGAACAGAAAUCUUUCAAAUCCAUUUACAUGCAUGAAAUGAGAGGACACCUUUCUAGGUCACACUAUAUAACUCAGUCUGCUAAACUUUGUAAUAUCUGGCCAGUUGAUUUCACCAAGUGAACUUUUAAGGUUUCUGUCAAGUUCCCAGGAAAGAUAAAUGUAAAGGCAAGUUGUUCAGUCACCUCCUUUACUUGGGAAAGUUGAAGAUGAAGAAUUAAUCCUCCCUUGCCCCUCUCUCCCUUUUAUAUAAUCACUUGGUGAAGGUGGUAUGUAGUUGAAGUUUGAGAAGUACUUUGCUCCAAAGAGUAUCUUCCCUAAUCCCAGGUGGACAUUGCUACAUCAAAAAACUUGGUAGGACAGAUGACAAAAGAGUCAAGAAUCCAGGUCAGGGUUACCAGAUUAGAUAUUGUUAUUACAAAGCUGCCAGACAGACUAGGUAGAAGCAUAUUGGUUGGUAUGUGUUUGUUUUGUACUUUUUAUUUGUUUUUUUUUUUAACCUUUCUUCAAUACAAUUAUCGUCAUUGAAUCUAGCAUGUGAAUUAACCUGAGGAAGUCUUUGAGCAACCACCCAUAACUGUCUUCCUGUGGCCAACCUGAGGUAUCAGGCAAGAGGAGUCAGUUCUGAAAACAAGGCUCCUGACUUCAGUAGGUAUUCUCUGGCAGGCAGAGAGGGGGUUCUCAAGAGUUGUCAGGUAUUUUACCUUAUGCACUCCAAAAGCUUUUGCAGCCAUCAUCCUAAGGCCCAGAGGCUGUGUGCAUGUUUAAGAUGGGUCAAAACCUCUCUCUGUAUCCAUCUGUCCCCUCCUGGCUUGAAUUCUCUGCUUUCUUAAUCUGUUGGAGUUUUUCCUUCCCAGUUGUGGGAGCUGAGGUGCUCCAAAUCUCCAAAGAAGUGGUUGACUCUAUUCCACUAGACAGUGAGAAGAUAUGAGCCCAUCAGCUCAGAAAGCUUUAUUUCCCUACUGGUUGCUAAUAUUUCCAUUUGUCAGGGAAACAAAAAAUGUCAGAAUAUUGGUCACUGACCUACCUUUACAGUUGUAUUCUUGAGGAAGAUGGUGAAAAUCUUACUUAAAAAAUUAUAAUAAAUGUAUUGUUUCAUAAAUGUUGAAUAAGUUGCACUUUUGUCUGAGAAAAUGAGAAAAAGAAAACAUGAAAGUCACUGAGCAGUCUAAAACAAUGACAAAAGAAUACAAGCCUUGAAUACAAGCCUUAUAAAGAGGAAGUGGCAGUUUUUAAACUGAUAGUAAUAAUGAGAUUGUAGCUGAGAGAAAUGUUUGUGGUUUAGAAAUAUGUUUGUAUUUUUGUUUAGUCAGCUGGCAGUGUGUAUCACUAAUUUAUGUAAUUGAUGUGCUGAUUUAGAAAAUAGAAAGAAGUUUGUCAGGCCUUCAAAGUAUGCUAUCCCUGUAGCCUGUAUAGUUUUUCUAUAAUUUGAAUAUAAUAUAGAUAUUGGGGGGAAGGCACAGACAUGGCAACCACUGCAAAAAAAGACAAAUUUUUUGAUAAAUUUCUGCUGGUUUCAUAGAAGUUAAGUGUGGGACAAAUAGAGAGAAAAAAGCUUCUGUGUCAAAACUAAGGUGAUUAAAUAGUUACGGAUUCUUUUCUAAUACUGUUGCUGCUUACAGACGGCACUGUGUUCUGUUUUGCCAGCAACUAGGUCUUAAUCUCCUCUCAAUCACUUUCAGAGGUACAAAUGUAACUUUUUAUACAUACUUUCCCUCCAGUUUAUUAUUGCAAUUAUUCAGUAUGGGCAGGGAACCUUGGUGAAAAUACUCUUUUUGUAGUAGUUUUCUAAAAAAUGAGUAUUUUUAAAGUGAUUUUUUUUGUUACUGAUGGGGAAAGACCUGUUCUGGUUUGGCAUGGUUUUAUGAUGAAAUAUUUUUCUGUACCUCUAGGAAUGGGAGUAGUUGCCUUCCUCUUCAUAGCAUGCUGUUAUCCUAAGACAUUGUGGACAAUACUGCAUAGAGAUGUAACUUCGAUAUGUCACAAAACUGGAUACCUCUCAUUCUGUGGAAGGUGAGGCAGUAAUGGUCAAGUAAAGAAAGAUCUUUGCCUUUGGCAUGUUUUGUUCAAUAAAACAUGUAGGAAACGGCUGACCUUGAGUCGCCUUUCUAUCUUGAGAUUAAUUUUUAGUUGAGACCUAAUUCAUAUCUGUGGGAUGAAUGUGGGACCUGUAGUCUCAUUGGAAAUAUGGAAUCAAACCUACUCCUAUGUCCCAAAAUUCAGUGAUAGCCUGUUAUUUUUACAAGUAAUUUUAAGCUAAUGAGCUAAUGUAAAUAAAUUUGUUUCUUUUUGGUUUUUUGAAAUGUUUCUCCUUGGAAAACAUGCUUCUUGCUUUCUAACCUUUUACAUGCACUCUGGAGAUGCUCUGGAGAACUCUUACCACCCCUAUGAAUGAGAAGGGUUAUAUCUUGCAGUGUAAUUUAAGUUCUCCUUUUGACUUUUUUUUUUUUUUUUUUUUUUUUUUUUUGAUAUGAAAAAGGACAUUUCCAUUUGGAAAGUUUUCUGAUCCUUACCCUGUCACUGAACAACAGUUUCUUAGCUUCUCAUUUAAGACUACAAUUUGGGCAAAACUGGACAUUAAAAGUGAGGGAUAGACAUGUGUUAAAACAUAUUUGCAAACAAGCAAUAAAUACGGCAAAUACAAGAACCAAAAUACACUGUCACAGAGCAUAACUUUCAGACUUAAUGAAUCUUUUGUUGAUGGUAUAAUUAAGGUAUCUAUAGGAAAAAAUGCCUUCUUAUGUUUUUUCUUAAGUUUACUAUUUUAAUGCUAGAAUACAGUGGUUUGCACAGCCAGCUAAUAUGGUAGCUAGCUGGACAGAAAGGGUCUUUAACCAAAUCUGAUUUUUUUUCACCUCUUAUUUUCAAUCCAAGUUUUGGUUUAAAUUUUAUUUUUGUCCUUUUUUUGGUGUUUAACAAUCAAUACAGUCUUAAGAAGAACUUAUUAUUGUGAAUCUCACUUUCACAGUUUCAUUAGGCAUUAUGGACAUGAAUCUAUGGAUAUUCUGGUGCUCCCUCUAUUGAAUGCAUUUGUAGAAAGUCAUGCUGCAGUUAAAAUGUGCAUUUGCUUUUGUUUUUUUCCCCAUGCUUGGCUUUUUUAAACAGUUUUGUCACUGGUCAGAGAUGAACACAACUUCUGAAAUUACCUACAUAAACUUUUUUUUUAUGUUGGAAGUAGUCACUCCCAGGUUAGGAAAUAUGUACUUGAGUAACAAUUAGCUUGCCACUGGUGACUGGGUAGUGGUUCUGAUGUUGAUACUAGAAUUAUUAUUGUUCCUUUCUAACAAGGACCUCCCAUUUUUUGCAACUGGAAACUCUUCAGCACUUCCUCAACAUUUGUAUACAAGAAAUACAUUUUAGCUUAUGCACAUAGCUCACUAUGUACAAAAUACCUUUUUUACAUAGUGAAAAAUCUUCUUCUUAUCAGGAACAUAAUUUUCCUACUGAGAAUGGCUUCUUGAGCUCUGUGGUUUUGCUUGUUAGUUUUCUGUUUGGGGAAAUUGUUUAUUUUGUGUUUGGUUUUUAAGCCUCUCAAAUAUAUAUAUAUAUAUAUUUAUAUAUAUA